AUGCGGCAGAUAUUGGACAUAACCACAUCGCCCGUCAUAUUCAGUCACAGCUCCUGUUACGGACUCGCUGCCAACUACCGCAAUGCCCCUGACGAUGUCAUUGCGCGGUUGAAGGACAAUGGCGGCGUGCUCAUGGUGAUGUUUGUGAAGCGCUUCCUCAAUGCCAAGAACCCAGAAGCUGCGGACAUCGAGACUGUAGUGGAUCAUAUCAUGCACGUGGUUGAAUUGGCAGGUUGGGACCACAUAGGCAUCGGAGGCGACUUUGAUGGGACAGUGACGCUUGCCAAUGGCAUCAAUUCAGUAUCAGACUAUCCUAAGCUUAUACAAGCUGUCAUGAGGCGUGGAGCGACGGACGAACAAGUCAGAAAACUCGUUGGCGAGAACAUUCUGCGAGUCUGGCGACAGAAUGAAGAAGUGGCGGCACGGCUGGCACCUCAGAUGCUACCAGUGGAAGACGUAUGGGCAGGAAGAAAGUUCCUGAGAUGGAAUAACCCUCUACCACUCAUGAUUCCCAACAACCCGAAUCGCGUUGCUGCAGUUGACUACCCAUAA